CUAUCCGCUCUUCGUUAUCCACACGCUCUACCCCCCUGAAGCUAAAACCCGUCAAAAAAAAAAAAAAAAACCAAUGUCCGCCGCCUCCGUUCUCGCCCUCCCUCUCCGGUCGCCGGCCUCCUCCCCCUCCAGAAACCCCCUUCAGAGGCUCCACACUCGGGCCCUCAAACUCCAGAAUCGCCGCGAGGCCCUAGCGGUCCCCUCACCAGGCUCGCCAGACCCCGCCUCACCGUCUCAGCAGCAGCCGCAGCCGCCGCGUCGCCCGCCCGCCAGACCUCCGGUUGUUCCCGCUGCCAGGUUCAGGCUCGACAACCUCGGGCCGCAGCCGGGGUCGAAGAAGAAGGCCAAGAGGAAGGGGCGGGGCAUCGCGGCCGGGCAGGGGAACAGCUGCGGGUUCGGGAUGAGGGGGCAGAAGUCGAGGUCGGGGCCCGGCGUCCGCAAGGGGUUCGAGGGGGGCCAGAUGCCCCUCUACCGCCGGCUUCCCAAGCUCCGGGGGAUCGCUGGAGGUAUGAGCGCAGGUUUGCCCAAGUACGUCCCCGUUAACUUAAAAGACAUCGUAGCUGCUGGAUUUCAGGAAGGCGAUGAAAUAUCAUUAGAAUCCUUGAAAGCAAAGGGCUUAAUCAACCCUUCUGGUAGAGAAAGAAGGCUACCAUUAAAGAUUUUGGGAGAUGGAGAUGUGACUGUCAAGUUGAACAUCAAGGCACGAGCCUUUUCAUCAGCAGCAAGAGAGAAGCUCGAGGCUGCUGGUUGCACUCUAACUGUUCUCCCUGGUCGAAAGAAGUGGGUGAAGCCGUCAGUUGCGAAGAAUCUUGCUCGUGCUGAUGAAUACUUCGCCAAGAAAAGAGCAGCCGCAGCUGAAGCUGGUUCAGGCUCUGCUUGAGACGAUCAAUAUUGUUUGUUUUUUGUUUCCAUUUUCUACUAUAGAGUUUGAGAUUGAACUACAGAUUGAAUUCUAAGUUGUUUUGUUCUGUAUUAUAGUCAUGAUAUUUCCUUAUGUUUUUGUUUA